CGUGCUGUAGCUCGCUGCUGUUAUGAGGAGAGAGAGAGAGAGAGCAGAGGGAGGCAUUAAUUUCACCAAAACGCUGUUUCUCAACAUGCACAUUUAAAGCGAGUGAGUCAGAGGGACAGAGUCCCCGGCACAGCGCAUUGGAAUCUACAGAAUCGAGCCUGGCUGUAGUGCUUUUUACAGCGGACCGACCCGGACAGUAUCAGGGAUGCUUCUAACUAUUCUCUUGGGAAGUACCUAAUGGGCACGAUGGAUGGAUGGUACGGGGGGAAAGAAUAAGUAGAAUAAUAAGUAGAGAUUGGCUCUAUAGUAAACUUUACCACAGUGGAUUUCUUUUUCCGUUGACGGAGUACCUGCUACCCUAUGUAAAGCAUCAGUAUUAAUAACUGGGUUUAUUGGAUUUGGGGCGCAUUUUGUUUCCCUGCUCUCUGUCGCUGAUUGUGGGAAAUUGAAAUUUGUUUCUGCUUCAGAUCGUGGGCUGAGAGAUGCUUCAUGGCUGGAAGCGGCUUGCGGGUUUGAGGUACCGGUACGAGCCUCCAAACACUCUCCUUACCUUGGGAGCGCAAAGGCGGGUAAGCGCGCAGUGUGUGUGCUCGUCGGCGGAGCGUCUCGGUCGAAUUGGACUGUGCUUGGAUCGAGUCCCACACAGCAGCGGCGCUUUCAGAGGACAGUGAGUGUCAUGCGGGCUGCGGAGCCGAACGCACCAUAGGUAUAGACACGGGGAAGGAGCGGAUAUCACAAUAACAGAGAUGGGGUUCCUGGUGGGGGCUGGGCGGCUGCUCCAGGCCUGGCUCCUUGUGUCUCUGUGCCUGGCAGAGCGGUCGUGCCCGCGGAGCUGCCGCUGCGAUGGGAAGAUCGUGUACUGCGAGUCCAACGGCUUCCGCGACGUUCCCAACAACGUGUCCACGGGCUGCCAGGGCCUGUCCCUGCGCUACAACAGCCUGCAGAAGCUGCGUGCCGGACACUUCUCCAGGCUCCACCAGCUUAUCUGGCUGUAUCUGGACCACAACUACAUCACUGCCGUAGACGGAGAUGCCUUCCAGGGCACCCGUAGACUCAAGGAGCUGAUCCUGAGCUCCAACAAGAUCUCCCAGCUGAGCAACCGCACCUUCCACGCCGUGCCCAACCUGCGCAACCUCGACCUGUCCUACAACAAACUGCAGGCUCUCCAGCCGGAGCAGCUCCGGGGCUUGAGGAAGCUGCUGAGCCUGCACCUGCGCUCCAACGCCCUCAAGAGCAUACCUAUCCGAGUGUUCCAGGACUGCCGCAACCUGGAGUUUCUAGACCUGGGCUACAACCGGCUGCGCAGCUUGACCCGCAAUGCCUUCGCCGGCCUGCUCAAGCUCACCGAGCUGCACCUGGAGCACAACCAGUUCUCCAAGGUCAACUUUGCCCACUUCCCACGGCUCUUCAACCUGCGCGCCCUAUACCUGCAGUGGAACCGCAUCCGCUCCCUCAGCCAGGGCCUCUCCUGGACCUGGAGUUCCCUGCAGAAGCUUGACCUCUCCGGGAACGACAUCCAAGCCGUGGAGGCCAACAUGUUCCAGUGCCUGCCUAACCUCCAAACCCUCAACCUGGACUCCAACAAGCUCAGCAACGUCUCCCAGGAGGCCGUUGACGCCUGGAUCUCUCUGACCACCAUCAGCCUGGCCGGCAAUAUCUGGGAGUGCAACCCCAGCCUCUGCCCUCUAGUGGCCUGGCUGCGGAACUUCAAGGGGAACAAGGAGACCACUAUGAUCUGCGCCGGGCCCAAGCUAGUGCAGGGGGAGAAGGUUAUGGAGGCUGUGGACAAUUACAGCAUCUGUAAAGAGACCCCACCCCCAGCCACCGAACGACUACCCCCUACUGCACAGACCCCAGACAGAGCCAGGCUUCUCCCUCAUCCUACUCUGCCCAGGCAGGGGGAGUCUCUCAGUUCCCCUCCCAGCCCCUCGCCCUCCAUUGGCCAGACCUCAGCCCCCGAGAUGGAGUUUGAACUUGUCUCUUUCCACAAGAUCAUCGCGGGCAGUGUGGCGCUCUUCUUGUCAGUGGCGAUGAUCUUGCUGGUGAUCUACGUGUCGUGGAAACGAUACCCGAGCAGCCUGAAGCAGCUGCAGCAGCGCUCACUGGUCCGCAAGCGCCGAAAACAGACGCGGGAGACGGAGCGGCCCCUCAGCUCCCCGCUGCAGGAGUAUUACGUGGACUACAAACCCACGAACUCUGAGACCAUGGAUGUACUGGUCAAUGGGACAGGACCCUGCACCUACACCAUCUCAGGCUCCAGAGAAUGCGAGAUCCCUCAACAGGUGAGCCCCCUAACCUUUUACAGCUAUGAGCAGCCAAUUGUGGAUUACUGCCAGGCUCACCAGCCUCUGCACCUGAACAUGGGCUUCGAGAGCGCCCCCCGCAGGCUGGAGCGGGGGGGGGGUGCAGACAGUCCCUCUGUCCCUUACAGAGACCAGGACCCCACCCCAGUGAGAUCCAGCAGAGAAGACCAAGCCUCUCCUGAGAGGUGUUACUGAUUACCUUGGAUUCCAGUGAGGAUUGCAGAGCUGUGUGAGAACAAUGGAACGGAGCAGCAAAGCCUCCAGACUCGUGUUCUGUAUCGGUUUCUUUUCUCUAGGUGUGCUGCCACUGCUUGUAAUGCUCUUCUGGAUAUCGCUUGUUUGUCAUAUUUAUCUGGCUAGCUGUUCACUACAAACAAAGUGAACAAACUGCAAAAAAAAAAGAUCUUGAUCUGAAAACCGAUCUUGUUUUGACUGCUGAAAACAUAUUCAUCUUGUCUAACUGGAUAACGAUUUUUUUUAUUUGAAUUUAAAUGGAUUUUUGUUUGUGUAUUUUGUGUGGUUUUGACGAUGCAGCAAUAUGAUGUGACAAUGGGGCUGAUCAUGCUUGAUGACCCGGUGUACAGUAGAUGAAGACGUCAUUUUGAAAGGGGUCGUUAUUGUUACUGGGAAUGUAUUCUCUCACCCAUCACAAAAUCACUCUUAAUUUUUACAAACAGCAAAAUUAUAAUUGAAGGUAACCAGUAACAGCUUCAAAGGGAAGGCAUUUUUUACUGUCUUUGGGACAGAUUCCAGGUGCAUCGCGGAGGGACUCCUACAGACUCCUCACACUCUCCGUAGGGACUUGGGAAUUUCUUGUACAUAGACCACUUCUACUAAAACAUUUAUCUGGCCAGGAGGAAGGGGAGGGGCCUGGCUGGGCUGGAGGCGGGGCCUCGUUGGGCUGGAGGCGGGGCCUAUACUGAAUGAAGGAGGAGCCUGAAGAGAGGUUUGAAAAUACAAAAUGAAAUACUGUCCUCCCUUGAAGGCUGUAAAAUCUCUGGUCCAAAUGGGUUUCAUUUACAUGCAAGGGUCUGUUAUCUGUACAAGAUACGGGUGUUUGUAUCCUUUCCUAUACCUACCCUGAAAGAUCUGUUUCCACUGCUAUUAGUACAGCUUUUACUGCGUUACAAAAUAUCUGUGACAAACGCCAGUAAGUAAAAUACUUAUCACAAUUAGAAAUAUUUAUAAUUCAAUUAGUAUACUCCUUCAUUAAUAUGAUGGUAAUUAUCCCAAGUGAAUGAAUGCUAGUUUAAAACAAAGUGCUCUAGCUGCAGAGGUUCUAUUAAAAUAGUAGUAAAUUAUCCCAAAAUAAAUGAAUGCCAGUGUUAGGUCAGCUUGAGAGAUAAAAAGAUAACAGCUCAAGUAGGGUUACUCCCUGUUAAAAGAACCCUGUUGUCAGAUGAUCAGUGAUUAAUUGUGUUAUUAAUGCUGGUUUUCAAGGAGUGCCAUCAUCUGGACUUGACACUUCCUCCCCCGAUCAAGUUUUUCAACUUCCAACUUCCAACUUCCAAUUCCCGAAGCCUUAAAACUUUACAAAAAUGCUUCCUUACGUUGAGCUCCCUGUUAGGGUAAUUCAAUGGAUGCGACACUGCCCUCUACUACACUGAAGGACAAUACUCUAAUAUCUGAAUAUCUGCAAAGCCCUGAUCCAAAGACUUGUUUUGAUUUCUUCAUCACAGAACAGGUUUCUAAUACCCAGCCUGUCAGCUGCUCUUCUCUAUACAAUCUUGUUAAUUGCACAGGAAAUGUGAUCACUCUGCAACAGAGCUCUCGGUGUAGGUGGGAAUUUUACUUGUGGAUGGAUGAAUUGCCUGCAGCUUCCACUAGGUAUGGAUUGAAUAAAUGACAAAACUGUUUCUAGGUUAUUCCUCCCACUGGAGAGCUGCAAUCAUUCUAAAUGAGCCCCCACCCCCUGCGCAGCGACAGAUGACAUGGAUCCAAAAUGAUUCAUAAAAAAUUGAUUGGUUUAAAUUGUAUAGAGGAUGAAUGUAAUUUCAAUUACCUCUCCCUCUAUAUUCUGGACCACCCCAGCCAGCAAAGUGUCACCAGGGCAACGAGGGUUCUGUUUGAGAUACAACUUUCAGGACAAGUUACUGGGAAGUGGCCAAUCCUAAUAACUGGCUCAGUCCCUUUGAAAGAUCGAUCUUGCUGUGCUGAUAACAGGUGCCCUUGCUUGCCAACUUAUAAAAUCCCAUUAGAAUCUAAAGGAAGAGUCAGUAAAAGGGAGCACAGAAUUCAUUUGCAGACCAAUUGGGCUCCGAUAGGAAAAAAGGAGGGUCUGUGCCAGGAUAACAGGAGCCGCAUUGGGUUGAAGUUCUGAGGGAAUCAUCUGAUUGGAGGAUUUUAUGAACACAGUCUUGUUUGAUUGGUCAAGUGGGAUGAACUGUGUGGUGGGUGGGGCUAACGUGCACUGGGGGAGGGGCUGGCUUUGGAAUAUGAUUGUGGAGUCUGACGGUUUUAUUAGUUGAGGGUUUG